CCUGGGCUGCGGGCGUCGCGCGCUUUUGCCGGGGGCCGAGCGUUCAAGUCCUUGAAGAAAACAAACACUGCCCGGAAACGACAGGAAACGUUUCGAACUCAGGCGGACUUUCCCACGACCUCGUUCCUCUGAAAAACAAACAACUUUGAUGAUUGUUAGGAUUGGUUGGCCAGAUCCACAUGUGUGACGCUUGGAAACUGAAAAUGCCCUUCCAGCUAUGCUAGGUCUAUAAUGGGAAGUGUCACGGUUCGCUAUUUCUGUUACGGGUGCCUUUUCACAUCUGCAACCUGGACAGUCUUGCUUUUUGUUUAUUUCAACUUGAGUGAAGUGACUCAACCACUUAAACAUGUGCCCGUCAAGGGGUCUGGGCCCUAUGGACCAUUCCCCAAAAAAUUUUAUCCACGUUUUACUCGAGGUCCAAGUCGAGUAUUAGAGUCACAGUUGAAAGCAAAGAGAAUUGAGGAUGUGAUAGAUAAUCACAUUGAAGAUACAGAGAAAGGCCACCUGAAGUUCUCUUCUGAAUUGGGUAUGAUUUUUGAUGAACGUGAUCAGGAGUUGAGAGACUUGGGCUAUCAGAAACAUGCCUUCAAUAUGCUUAUUAGUAACCGCCUGGGCUACCAUAGAGAUGUUCCAGACACCAGGAAUGCCGCAUGUAAAGAAAAGUCUUACCCAGCUGACCUGCCAGUUGCUAGUGUUGUCAUUUGUUUCUACAAUGAAGCCUUUUCUGCCUUGCUCCGGACAGUGCACAGUGUUGUAGACCGCACACCAGCACACCUUCUUCAAGAGAUCAUCCUUGUGGAUGAUGACAGUGACUUCGAUGAUUUAAAAGGAGAAUUAGAUGAGUAUGUCCAAAAACACCUCCCUGGAAGAAUUAAAGUUAUAAGAAAUACAAAGCGUGAGGGAUUGAUUCGAGGGAGAAUGAUCGGAGCAGCCCAUGCGACAGGGGAAGUCCUGGUAUUUCUGGACAGCCACUGCGAAGUGAACGUGAUGUGGCUGCAGCCCUUGCUGGCCGCCAUCCGUGAGGACCCACACACUGUGGUGUGCCCAGUGAUUGACAUCAUUAGCGCUGACACACUUGCCUACAGUGCGUCUCCUGUCGUGCGGGGCGGCUUCAACUGGGGGUUGCACUUCAAAUGGGAUCUUGUCCCCCUUUCCGAGCUUGGAGGGGUGGAUGGAGCUACCACGCCAAUAAGGUCACCUACAAUGGCUGGAGGGUUGUUUGCCAUGGACAGACAGUAUUUCAGUGAGCUUGGGCAGUAUGACAGUGGCAUGGAUAUCUGGGGAGGAGAAAAUUUGGAGAUAUCAUUUCGGAUCUGGAUGUGCGGCGGGAAGCUCUUCAUUAUCCCUUGCUCUAGAGUAGGACACAUUUUCCGAAAACGGCGACCUUAUGGAUCUCCCGAAGGCCAGGACACCAUGACACACAACUCUCUGAGGCUGGCACAUGUCUGGUUGGAUGAAUACAAGGAGCAGUAUUUUUCUUUACGGCCUGAUCUGAAGACCAGAAGCUAUGGAAACAUCAGUGAACGUGUUGAGUUGAGGAAGAAGUUGGGCUGUCAGUCAUUCAAAUGGUAUUUGGAUAACAUUUACCCAGAGAUGCAGAUACCUGGGCCCAAUGCCAAGCCUCAGCAGCCCAUUUUCAUCAACAGAGGGCCCAAGCGCCCCAGAGUCCUUCGGCGUGGAAGGCUUUAUCACUUCCAGACCAACAAAUGUCUGGUGGCUCAGGGCCGCCCCAGCCAGAAGGGAGGUCUAGUGGUGCUUAAGGCCUGUGACUAUGGGGACCCAGCUCAGAUCUGGAUUUAUAAUGAAGAACAUGAAUUGGUUUUAAAUAAUCUCCUUUGUCUAGACAUGUCAGAAACUCGCUCGUCAGACCCGCCACGGCUCAUGAAGUGCCACGGGUCAGGAGGAUCCCAGCAGUGGACGUUUGGGAAAAACAACCGGCUGUACCAGGUUUCUGUUGGACAGUGCCUGAGAGUGGUGGAUCCGUGGGGUCAGAAGGGCUCUGUUGCCAUGGCAAUCUGCGACGGCUCCUCCUCCCAGCAGUGGCGUCUGGAAAGUUAAGGUGGACCCCAGCUAGGUGGUGACUCACCAGGCUUUCUUCGCCCACUACAAAGCAAGGUGCUCCGUAAAGAAUGCCCCUGAGCUGACCCCAUGACUGGGUGGAGCAGUCAUGGAUAAGUUGCCAGCAUGGGGGAGGGUGUUUCAUAGGACAGUUUUGAGCUGAUGUUACAGAUGUGUUGCUUAUAGAGGGAAAACAGAAUAAUUUUAAUCCUAUAGAGUUAGGCUUCUGCAGAGCAAAGCCUGAGCAGUGGCCAUUACUACGCCUCCUCAUUCCCGAGGGAGCAGGACUCACCACGCUUUCCCUUCCUGGGAGACUGCAUGGCCACGGUUAGUAUGUUCUCAAUAGAUAACUUCAAUGACUGGUUGAAUGCACAUUACUUUUAACGUCAGAAGGCAUCAUUUAUGAUAUUUAAGAGGCAGUUAACUAUUAUAAAUUAUUUUGAUGAUUUAGCAUACAAUCUACAUGUAAAUAAAGGAUCUGUUUGAUGAUUUAAAUAGGAUUUUUUCGGUCUGCUUUUUAUUUCCCCUUGCCGUGGGCUGGCCUCUUGCCUGGGGAGGAGGUGUUGAGGUGAACUCCUCGUGGGUUCAGGUGAUGGGCCAGGCAGCGGUGCUCCCUUAGGAGGCAGCCCCCUCCUCAUGUGAGCUGUGGGAACUUGUGCACUUAUGUCACUUUGCUGGGAAACUCCCAAGUAGUGGCUACAUGGCAGUUGGGUAUAGAAGUUGGGAUCUUAGAAGAGUUAGCUCAGUUAGAGACUUGGUAAAUAGCUGCAUAUAUUGUUCAGUGUCAGAAUAUAAGGUGAAGUCCACCCCUCCCAAAACUACAUUUCAGAAGAGAUGCAGUAUUGCAGGAGCUCACUUUGUUUUUUGGGGGAGGUGGUAUUGGGGAUUUAACUCAGGGCCUCAUGUUUGCUAAGCAAGUGUGAUACCACUUGAGCCACCAUCCUGGUUCUUUUGCCGUUAGCUUGUUUUCCAGAUAGGAUCUCACACUUUUGCCGAGGUGUCUUUGGAUCAUGAUCCACCAACUCUCCCUCCUGAGUAGCUGGGACCACAGGUAUGUGCCACCAUGCCUGGCCCAAGUGAUUUUAUCUUGAACCACAAAGCAGUUUAAGCACCAUAUUAGAUUAGAAGUGACUUGUAUCCUGUUUCAUGUUAUUUGACUUGAUGGGUCAGUCAGAUGAUCCCUCUAGUGAACAGAAGGCAGCAGUGUGGUAGAUUGAAACCCCAACAAUCUGUCACAUCAAAGGUAAUGCAAAUGAAUAUAAAUGCUUCAAAUGCAGAGAUUGUUAGAUGGUAAGAAUGCAGGACCAACUAUAGGCUACCUAUAAAAACUCACUAUAACCAUGAAGACACGUGUUAAAAAUAAAUGGGAAAACAUGUCUUUCAGUUAGAUUUUAAUGUACAUAUCUGGAAUAGUUCUGUUAAUGUGGAUAGAGUAGAGCAGAGACUAUUGCCAGGGAUGGUAACGAGUGUUUUCAUGGUGGUAAGAGGCUUAAUCAUUGGGCAGAAAUAAUCCUGACUAUAACCACUACCACAGCCUCAGAACACAUGCCACAAAAUUCAUAAAACUUGAAGCAGAUGGUCUACGUUAGGGAUUUCAAUAUGGCUCUCAAUAACCGACACAUAGAAAAAGCAAUGGGAUGCAGAUGCCUUGAACAGUCAAUGGCAGCCAACAUGACCCAGCUGACAUUUCUGGACAGUACUCAACAACAGAACACAGGUCUUUUCAAGUACACAAUGGGCUACUUACCAACAUAGACUGUCACCCAGGAUGUUAAAGAAGACUAAUAAACAUACACAAAUUCAAUCAUGCAGAUCAGAGAUGAGUAACAGAAAAAGUGCCACUUCCACUUGGAGGUCAGAGAAGAAAUCCAAAGGCUAUUUUGAAGUGGCUGCAAAUGAAAGCAUAUCAAAGCUUCUGGCCCAGGGCUCAUUUAGUACUUGGAAAUUUUUCAGCACUGAGCAUCUGUAUUAGAAAAGAACAAAGGGGUCAAUGAAUCCUACCUCCCUAAACAAAAAGAAGAGUGCAUGCAGUAGAGGCUCGAGGAGCAGAAAGAAAUGAAGUAGAAAAUAGCUGGAUAAAAGAAAAAAAAAAGCAAUUCCUGCCGUGAGACCCCUGACGUGAGGAGUGAGCAUGGCUAUCGCUGACAGCUUGCAGAUGCCAUGAGGACAUAGAGCUGGGCGGCUCUUUCUUGUUGAGAAUGGAAAGUCUUCAACACUGAAGGGUGAUGCAGUUUCUUACAAAAUCAGACAUGCUGUAUCCCUGGUAUUCACCCACAGGAGCUGAAAACUUCUGUCCACACAAAGGCCUGUAUGUGACUCUCUAGCUUUUACUGCCAGUGCUGAAAAAGAUGUGGAAAAAGUUUGACAGAAUCUAACACAAUUUAUGAUUAAAAACUGUACAAAAACUGUGGAGACUCGUCUUCAGAAAAUGGAAAGCUUUUCCAAACUCACUUAAAAGGGGAAAGCCGUUGAAGAGAACUCAUGUCACCAAGCCCCCUUCAGCAUAAGAGCUGGAAGCAGCACCCUAUUAGUCUACAAAGGAGCUCGUGACGCCUCCCUCAAGAGGUUGUAAGGACAGGGUUGCAGGUGGCCAGGUGACUCACGGAGAUUUCUGCAGCACUUGGCAUUUUACCUCUUGCUUUCUGCGUCUCCUGGUUUUUAGGUCACAACUGUGACCACACUUAAUGAUUUCCAGCCAGAUAUGACUUCUCACAACACAUAAACUUACACAGUGAAGUUCCAUUGCAUUUACUUCACCACACACCGUGCAUUACCAACCACUCACAUCAUCUUUGACCACCACUUCUUUUUGAUAAUAGUUUUAAUCUACAUUGUUAUAAAAUACAUAGCAUAGAAAAAUUUCUUAAAAGAACUGGAAAAUUCCUCAACCCAAUAAAGGCCUACAUGGAAUACUAUAGGAUGCCUGUUCUGACCUCUCACAACUUUUUCCAACCUUAUAGUGGUACAAAAGCAGAUCCAUCAGCUUUUUUGCUCUUAAUUUUCAGUACACUAUUCGAUGCAUUACUUGAGAUGCUCAAUAUGUUACUAUAAACUAGAUUUUUGUUCAGUGAUUUUUGCCCAAAGAGGCUAAAGAAGUGUUCUAUGCACGUCUGACAGGAGAGGCUAAGCUGCAGUGCUGGGUAAGCCUGGUGUAUUAGACAAGCGGGCAUCUUCAACUUAGAUUUUCAACCUGCUGGACAUACGUGUGACCCCAUCCUAGGUCGCAGAGCACCUGAAGACAUAGCAAGGGACCUCAGGACCUCAAAAGGUCAAUGUAAUAAUGUCUGCCUACAAAUUGACAACAAACAGUUUGAAAUUUAAGUCAGUAAUAGUGUGAGCACAAUUUACAGUAACAUUAAAACAUGGAUGGAGCUUAGGUCACAUGUGUAACAAAGUGUGUAUACACCAAGAUAGUAAAGUUUUGAGAGGAAAAUGUGUCUUCAUGACGUCAAGGCAGGCAAACACUUCCUGAGCAGCUCAUUCGGAGAGCUAGCCACAAAGUCUUAAAACAACUCAGCUUCCAUCAAAAUCAAGCUGCUUUAUCAAGACACUAUUGAGCAGAUGAAAAAAAGGCACCAAACUCACAAAAAUCCUAUUUUAAAGGACAAAGUACUUGAACAUCAAAGAAGUGCAUAAAUGACAUGCGAAUGUUCUCGAUGUCAUACCUACUGGAAAAAUUAAAACCAUGACCAGCUAGAGAACGCAGGCUGCAUGGGACCCAAGGAAGAGGAGACAGCCCAGGUCUCACAGGGGUCUCCUGCUGACAUCUAUGGAAACCAGAGCAAGAAGCCACAGAGCACUGGACUGUGGCUGCCAAGGACUUGGACUCUGUAGAUCACAGACAUUCCGAGGCACUUUCAGGAAUGACACUUCAGCAGGAUGCACGGCCCUCUCUUGUGGUCGGCAGGCCAAGUCCUGGUGUCCACGCCCAGGUCUGCGGAGCGCCUGCAGAACCUCGUGAUGAGAACUGCACUUAGUCGUUCACUAUUCACCCAGCUGCCUUAGGGACGUGGCACAGAGUUCUUCAGCUCUGCCAGGUGAGGGCAGCUCCUGAGGAAUGGGUGCUGGUCCACAAAACAAGGGCCAGAGAGCAUUUUAAAGAGGCAGUGGUUGGUCCUAUCAGCUGUUUGAACAGAGAUCUUAGAGCGGCACCUACUUAGAGCAGAAUUACUUCACCUGUAAUUCUGAGGGGCCAGCUUCAUCUUCAUUUCUGAGUAUGUGGCAAAAGAAUUACAGGCAACUGGUAGAGGUGACUGCUUGAUGUCUGCAUGGGGGAGAUGAGGUUUGGUUAUUGCUCCUACUUUCAUGCCCAGGACUUACUGCAAGUUGGAGCCUGGGUAGCCAUGCAAGUUGCCACCCACCACAGUUGAGCCUAUCCUGUGUCCUGUGCCUGCUGGAGCAGAUCCUGUACCUUGUGCCUUUUCCUUCCACAGGCUUCAAGCCUCCCCGAUUUCCUCUCCCAAGCCCCUACUCCCUAUGAGAAUCUGUUUAAGUGGCUGGAUCUGAUGGCUACCAUUAUUAUCUUUCUCGCCUUUUCUGGCCUUCAUAAAGCAACGAGGAGCUGGCUUUCACUCCAACAGCUAAGUGUCAAGGCCCAGCGGGAGCCAAGGCCUUUCUUCGCUUGUUCACCAGUCAGUGACCAAGCUCAGUGGCAGGAGAGAAAGAUGGCAUAGCAGAGUUCUAACAAUGCACUAGAUUGCCAGCAUUCCCACCUUUCACCUGCAGAUACUCCAGCAGGAGUUGUUUUACCAGAGUAUUUAAGAAGUUUUUUCAGAUGACUGACAGGUCCUUUAAGAAUUUCUACAAGAUAAUGCAAUUCAGGAGCUCACUGUUUCAGUGUUCCCAGGAGGGACGAGUGAAAAUCUGUCUUAGGCAACGAAGGAACCUCUGUUUUUUUACUUAUUCUUGAGACAGGGGUUCCCUAUGUGGCCAAGACUGACUUCAAACUUGCAAUCCUCCUGCCUCAGCCUCUGAGUGCUGAGAUUACAGGUUGAGCCAGCACACCUAGCUCUUAGAAGCUUGUUUACAUUAAAAACAUCAACUGUAUUUAGUCUGAUAGAAAUGUGUAUAAAUCUGGAAAGCAGCUUGAGGGGGGAGGGAAAAAAGCCAGUGCAGUGGCGCCCCUUGUAGUCCCAGCUUCUUGGGAGGCUGAGAACCAGGAGGAUUGUAUGAGCCCAGGAGUUCAUGGUCAGCCUGGGCCACAGUGAGAUCCUGACUCCAAAAGGUGUUCACCAUCUUUUGGACCAAAUUUACCAUUUGAACAAAAACAAGGUUUGAAAAGAAACAGGCCCAAGAAUAAUUUUUAAUCUGGCCUUGGUAAAUACAGUUAAAGUAACAAGUUUCUGUGUUUAGUCUACAGAAGACGGGAUGGGGGAUUUACAUGGCUAGUGGAAUGAGCUUGAACCUAUGACUCAACCCAUUUGAAAAGAGCUGAGCUGAUGUUAAGAAAUACGGUAUGUUGCAUUCUGAGACAGGAUCAGAUGAGCAGUGAGCUUCUCUGAACGCAAGAGAUCAACAACAGGACACAAGGCCAGAAUUAUACAUGUAAAAUAUUUUAUUUGUAAAUGGUGAUCUUCUAAAUCUGUGUCCACAAAUUCCAAAACCCAUAACACUCUGUAUACUUCAAAAAAUUCAAUUUUUGUCAACAUUAGAUACUAUUAUACAGAACAGAAACAACAGAAACCCGGCAGGACAAAUACUGGUAGGAUGUCAGAAUAUUGUACAAGAGAAGAAAAAUAUUCAAGAAACCAUUUCAUACAGCUAUUUAUCAAGAGAAAAAUAUAUACAAUUGAUUUAUUCUGUAAGAUAAAAAUACAUCAUGCCAUAUACAUUACAAGUUCUGAACUGUGUCACUGAGUGUACCAACAGCUUACAGCCCCUUGAAUUGUGCACAGAACUUCAUUUAUACUGAGCCCGCCAAGUGUCAGUACCAGAAUUUUAAGUACAAAAUAAAAACCUAACCUGCUUCAAAAUGCUGAGU